AUGUCUCAACCAUCCUUGCAAGCGUACCCGACAUAUUGGGCUGGAUCAUACCCGACGUUGCCUCUGAGUUGCCCUUCCAAGACAUACACGCCGCCCGAAACAGGCCCCGAGGGUGAAACAUCGAUCGAGUGGCAGACCCAUACUGAUGGAACUGGUACAUAUUGCAAGAUGGUUGGCGUGCCCGGGAAGUACAAAGGCUGUAACACAUGCAGGUCCCGAAGAGUCAAAUGUGACAACACUCGCCCGUUCUGCAAGAGGUGCACAGAUUAUGGCCGCGAAUGUGGCGGAUACGAACGAGAGACCGUCUUCAUUGUGGGCACGCCGGACGAUAAAGGCAGAUGCGCCUCCCACCCACCGCGCAAUGCCCAAGCGUCUAGGGGAGACCAGACUGAAGAAGAAGAACCACAAAUGAUAGAGACGUUGGAACUCACUGCCGCCGAGCCUCGACAACCUGCGUGGAACGACACUCUCCUUUUGGACUCUGCUGCUGGGACUCAUUGGAUCAGAAUAGUGGCUCGUCAUACCACCCUCGAAGAUGCCUUCCAGAGCAACAGCUCGGCGUCACAACAAAGCGAAGUGGCCCUGUCGCUGACAGGUUCUCGACCACUCGAUGUGACUCCGACUUUUGGCCAAGAGGACUUUAACUUGAAAUCGCAUUGCUUGAUGAGACUCCCCCGGGGCAGUGAUAAUGCAGGAAGCACUUCAGACGAGGGCCUGUUCCUGUUCCUGUACGAGCACAAUUCUUCCUCUAUUUACAGCAACGAGCCGGCGGGGAAAAGCCCAGACGGGCUGGCAGAUGCGAUUCGUGAACCAGGUCCAGCAGCCUAUCAGGACUUACCAGCCCACCAUUUCUUUGCCCGGGUCUAUCGGCCUAGCGCUAUUUGGGCAGCAUUGCUCAACCGUCAGCCCACCUUCCUAUGCAACCCCGAGUGGACGGUCGUGCCAUGGGAACGCCAUCCCCGGACACCCCUCGACGAUCUCCUCGACAUAGUCGUAUUGUUACCAUCGAUCUACUCAGUAGCAGACCGCAUAACGUCACUAGAGCCGAGUCCAUCCCGCCGGCUGAGAGCGAAGGACCUCCUCGCUAACUGCGUCAACAUCGAGGCGCAAUGCGAAAUCUGGUACAGCGUGGUGCAACAAAAAGCCGAGUCCUCGGGCCAGGGCUCGUUGUACUGGGUAGCGGACUCCAUGACUAAUGCUCCCUCCCACGCACCGUUCGCCGAUGUCUUGCACUUCGCCUCGCCCCUGAUGUGUCUCGUGCACAUCUACAAGUGGGCGGUCCUCAUCGGCUUCCACCAGUGCAUCUACGCCCUCCUCGAAGUCAUCUUCGAGCCCGGCGCCGAAGAGGGCUCUUCUUCUUCUUCAGCACCGGACCUGCCAUCUGGCAUCGACCCGCGCAAGUACCAACUCCCGCAGACGCGGGCGCUCGCCGCCAACGUGUGUCGCGGCCUUGACUACGCGCUAGGCACGACGGGGCAGCCGGACCUCCUGGCCGCGCCGCUGUGGGUCAUCGGUAACUUUUAUAAUGGGCUGAGGCGGUUUGGCGACGGCGAGAUGGAGCGGCUGUGGUGUGCUGGAUUUAGGGGGAGGUUGGAGGCGAGGGGCCGGGAGAUGGAUGCUUGGUUGAGGGACAAACGAUGGAACGAGGUUGGGCGGUUUGGCGGGUCCGCCCAGUCCCAGAGCUUCAUGCUCGACAUGGCUGGAGCUCCUAGCGUGGCUGCUGUUUGGGAGCUUCGUAACUUUGGCAGCCUUGUGAACCGCCUGCACCUCGUAAUUGAGAUCAAGACGUCCUCAGCUUCAGCUAUCAACGAACAACCUUCUUCACGACACCACCCACUAAACCGACCCUCCAUUCCCCGUAGCAUAUUCCAACCAUGGCGUCAGGAUACGACAGAGCGCUCUCCGUGUUCAGUCCCGAUGGACACGUUUUCCAAGUCGAAUAUGCCGGUGAAGCCGUCAAGAGAGGUACCAGCCCACCACUCGCCGUCCAACCCUCCGAACCAUCCAUCUAAUGCUGUGCCAGGAACCUGCGCCGUCGGCGUAAAGGGCAGCGAUAUCGUCGUCCUGGGAUGCGAGAAGCGAUCGGCGAUGAAGCUGCAAGACACACGCAUCACCCCCUCGAAGAUCGGUCUCGUCGACACCCACGUAUGCCUCGCGUUCGCCGGCCUGAACGCCGACGCCCGCAUCCUGAUCGACAAGGCGCGCAUGGAGGCGCAGUCGCACCGUCUGACCGUCGAGGACCCCGUCACGGUCGAGUAUAUCACAAAGUACAUCGCCGGUGUGCAACAACGGUAUACGCAGAGCGGUGGUGUGCGGCCGUUUGGCAUCAGCACCAUGGUCGUUGGGUUUGACAAGAACACCACCGUACCGAGACUCUACCAGACCGAGCCCAGUGGCAUCUACUCCGCAUGGAAAGCAAACGCCAUCGGACGCUCGAGCAAGACGGUCCGGGAGUUCCUGGAGCGGAACUACAAGGAGGACAUGGACCGCGAGGCGACCAUCCGGCUGGCCAUAAAGUCGCUGCUGGAGGUGGUGCAGACGGGCGCGAAGAACAUCGAGAUCGCCAUCAUGGCGCCCGGCAAGACCAUCGAGAUGCUGCCGGUCGAGGACAUCGAGGGCUACGUGAAGAACAUCGAGCAGGAGAAACAGGAGGAGGCGGCCAAGAAGAAGACCGGGCGAACACCUGGAACCGGUAGUGCGGCCCUCUUGCCCAAGGAGCGAGAGGGCGGCAGUGACUAG